AGGCAUCAUCAAUGCUUAUUGUAUUCCCAACCAAAAAAAAAAAAAAAAAAAAAGCAUGUGAUUGAAGGCCUGAGAUGGCGCUUGCGUACGAUCCUCUUGUCAUCAGCUCCGAUCAAUCAUCGAUGGAGGUAGCCUCGCCGCCUCCUGUGAUACUGACCCAAGAUGAGCUCAAGCGAAUCGCCGCUUACAAAGCAGUCGAGUUCGUGGAAUCGGGAAUGGUCAUCGGCCUUGGAACCGGCUCCACCGCCAAACACGCCGUCGAUCGAAUAGGCGAGCUCCUCAGACAAGGCAAGCUCAAGAACAUUGUCGGAAUACCCACUUCGAAGGAAACCCAGGAGCAGGCUCUCUCUCUCAAGAUUCCUCUUUCCGAUCUGGAUGCCCACCCCGUCGUGGAUCUCUCCAUUGACGGGGCGGACGAGGUCGACCCGGAUCUCAACCUUGUGAAGGGCCGAGGAGGGUCUCUGCUGAGAGAGAAGAUGAUCGAGGGGGCUUCGAAAAAGUUUGUGGUGAUCGUGGACGAGUCAAAGCUGGUGAAGCACAUUGGAGGAAGCAAACUGGCAAUGCCGGUGGAGAUUGUGCCGUUUUGCUGGAAAUUCACGGAGGAGAAGCUCCGAAAGCUGUUUGAAGGGAGUGGGUGUGUAGCGAAGCUUCGUCGGAGAGGAAGGGAGGCGUUUGUGACGGACAACGGGAAUUACAUAGUGGAGAUGUAUAUGGAGAAGGAGAUGGGAGAUGUGAGAGCAGCAAGUGAUGCCAUUCUGAGGCUUCCUGGGGUGGUGGAGCAUGGCAUGUUUCUGGACAUGGCUUCCACUGUGAUAGUUGCGGGUGAGUCAGGAACAAGGAUGUUUCAAGAGGAGAAAAGGAGUAACUGAUUUCUUCUGUCUUAGGAGAGAAGUAGGGUUAGGAAGUGCGAGGACAGACAGAGAGGAUCGAUCUCAUCGACUACAUGGACCAACCUAGCUCCAUGAAUGUUGUUGUGUUACCAAAAACUGACACGACUUACCCGAUGAUUUGUCAAUGUCUAA